GACAAUUUAGUCAAUUCUCGAUUUCACAUAAAGACUUUUCCUGAAAUUGAUACACUGAAGAAUUUAUUUUAUACAUUUAUUAGGGUUUUUAACACAAACUGUGGAAAAUUUGUUUAAAACGUUAUUGGGUAUACUAACAAGAACUGCCAGCGAUACAACAAGCGGAGAUAUUUCGAAAGAAGACAAAAUAAAAGGACAAAUAGAAGAAUUAUUGGACAAACUACCAGAAGAAUUUAACAUGCUAGAACUUUAUAGCAAGGUGGAAGAUCGUACACCAUUUGUCACAGUAGCUUUACAAGAGUGCGAACGAAUGAAUCUACUGUGUGAAGAACUUAGAAGAUCCCUGCAAGAAUUAGAAUUAGGCUUAAAAGGAGAAUUAACUAUUAAUCCUGAGAUGGAAGAUCUACAAAAUUAUAUAAUGAUGGAUGCUGUUCCGCCGUCUUGGACAAAAAGAACUUACCCUUCAGAAUUAGGAUUAAACAGUUGGUUCACGGAUAUGUUGUAUCGAAUAAAUGAAUUAUCUAAUUGGACUGCAGAUUUUAACGUAAACAUGUACUUAUUUUUUAUUAUUAUUGUAACUUUUAUUAUUGUAUAAAACAAUGCCCUAUUAAUAUCGAAAUGUUUCUGUUUGUGAAAUUGAUAAUUGAAUUCGUGGCAAAUUUUCAUGCCUGGAAUUCAACUCAAACUGAUAAAAUAAACAUAGGAAAAUUGAAUGAGCAACAGAAUAAAACUUCGUUCAACGCACACG